AUGCAUUCCCAAUUGCGCGUAUCCCUAACCAUUGUUCACGAACUUCUCUUCGCCAAAGACUGCGCCCGGAACACCACCACCACGGAAGAGGAGAUGCAACGCAGCAUGGACCUGUUCUCCGCCGACUGCGAGAACUUUGGGCUGGUCAUCAACACGCAGAAGGCGGUAGUGAUGCAUCAACCGCCACCCAACUCAGACACACCCCUCAACGCACCGCAAAUCAGCGUGAAGGAAACCCAACUGCAAGUGGUAGAGAACUUCCCGUACCUAAGUAGUACCCUCUCCCGCAAAAUCAAGAUCGAUGACGAAGCCGACAACAGGAUUUCGAAAGUCAGUCAAGCCUUCGGCCGCCUCCAAAGCACAGCUUGGAGCAGUCAUGGUCUUCAACUGAGCACGAAGCUGGAGAUGUACAAGGCCAUCAUCCUGCCGACGCUGCUAUACGAAACGAAGACUUGGACAGUGUACACAAAUCAGGCACGCCGACUGAAUAACUUCCACCUCAGAUGUAUUCGUCGCAUCCUGAGGCUGAACUGGCAGGAUCGAAUCCCCGACACGGAAGUACUGGAACGAACGGGAAUCCUCAGCAUCUACGCCAUACUGAGGCAAAUGCAGCUGCGCUGGAGCGGCCACUUGGUGCGCAUGGACGACGAGCGACUACCCAAACGCCUCUUCUACGGAGACGUCGCGACGGGUUCUUGCCGUCAAGGAGGCCAUAUUCGUCGAUACAAAGACAUUCUGAAGUCCUCCCUGAAGAGUCUGCAAAUCAAGUCGGCCAACUAG